AUGAUUGUUGUACGUCGGAUACGUGGAAUUUUGAGACAAUGUAAAAAAAAACCGAGUUACGCGCAAUCAGGUCCUUAUGAUUUAUAUCUUCGUGCUCCUCGUUGUACCUGGUCAAAAUUGGAGGAUCGUUUGCUUGUUACCUGUAGAGUAGCAUCUUUGUUGAUUGCUGGAGAAAAUCGCAGAGAAUAUGUUAGUGCACCUUAUACAUUUGUUCGAGAUGUACUGCAUCGUUAUAUUCCCCAGUUGCACUGCUUAAAAACUCCUGCAGCUUGUGCCAGGCGACUUAAGAAUGUGUUGUUAAGCAAAGGACCUGAAUGGGUAUCGGGCAAGCUACUUUUCACACGUGUUUCUAGUCGACCGGAUUGGCAGUUAAAGUAUAAUUUUGGAAGGGAUAAAUGGCGUACUAUGUGUAAAGAAGAAAUAGAAAAGGCUAGAAUAAUUUUCCUCGAAUUAGUACAUAACAUUUUGAGCACGUUUAUGCCACAUAUUUUAUUAAGGCUGAAUAAUCUUAAUGUUGUCAAACGUGGAGAUCAGUCAACUAGCAGUUUUGAAAGACCGACUAAUCAAGGCGUUGACAAACCUGUGUCUAUUGGCUCAAGUCGAUCUGAGAUGGAGUCUUACUAUGAAUUGAUAUAUUUAGAUGAUCCGAAUGAUCGAAAUGUUUUACCAGAAGUUGGAAAUGAUCGUCUUUUGAUUGUACUAUAUACAAUGUAUAAUUAUAUUUUAGCAUCUUUUAGAUUUUCUUCCAAUCCAUCGAAUUCAUUAGAUUUCAAUGAAUCUGUAUUUUUUUGGGUUAUUAAAUAUUAUCCAAAACCACAAGUUAAUCAUGCUAUAGCAUUAUUGAUAAAAAAUCAUAUUGUAAAACGUCCUAAAUCAUAUGAGAAAAAGUCUGAUCCAGGUUUUCGUAUUGUCAAUUCUAUAUGUAUUGCUCUUAGUCAUAGAUUUUCACGUUGGACACAUGGUCAAUUUUUCACACAAGUUAAAUACAUUCCAGAAUCUUAUUCAAUUUGGACUAGUUCUGUUAACCGUUUGAAUUCGUAUAAAAGUGUUAAUAAACGUAAUGUGGUUAACAAUAAAUCAAGGCGAAAAACUCGUUCAAGCGUACAAGAAGUAGAAGUAGUUGAAGAAGAAAAAGCAGAAGAGCAAAAGGGAAUUACUAACAAUCAAUCAUCAGAAGAGGGAAAAUUAAUUUAUAAACAUUUAUUUUCUGAUAUAUCAACCGGUGGUUGUGUAGCUUUCUUUUUGGAACAGUUCUUAUUUUAUCCAUUUGUUGAUGUUCAAAUAUCCAUCAAAGUGGAAGAUAUAAUUCUAGUUGGUAGCUGUCAGACAUAUACUGAUGAUGCUGUUGAUUUACUCCCAUUACAAUCAGUAACGACACAAAACUCUGCACUUCAAUUAAAACCAACUGAAUUACGCAAAGAUUUAUUAUAUCGUAUGGGUAUGUCUAAUGAAAUGCUAAACGAUCCACUGUUUGUUGGUGACUAUAAUGCUAUCCGACAUUCACGUUGGUUCGAUCAUCAUUUAUCAUUUAAUGGUGGUUAUAUUCAAGCAGUUUUAACAAACAAUUCAGAAAAUACCGAUUGGAGUUUACCAAAAUUGUCUAAAUCUAUGAUAAACUCAUUGAAACGAUUAGUUCAACAAACUAGUAAUUCAUUAGUCUUUCAAAUGCCUGAUUUGUGCAUCAAUUCUUUGAAUGGUGGUGGUAGCCUAAUUGAAGCUGAAAAUCAAAUCGAUGUGGAUAUGGACAUCAAAUUAGAAGAUAGUUUAUCAUAUCGUCUGGAAGAAUACAUUCGAACAGGUCAAUUUAAUGGUCGUUCUAUAAUGGAAAUUAAAGAAAAUAUUGGUGAUAGGAGCAACGUUUCAGCUGCAUUACAAAAUCUUUUGAACUCUCAUGUGGUAUUCAAUGUUGGCAGCGUUCAUUCACGAUUUGUUCAUCGUAAACAUAUACGCCUUUGGCUUGUUCAUUUAAAGCCGAAUAUGAAUCUUCGUAAUAAUAUGGUUAACCGAAAUUCGGUAAUAAACGAUAAUAAACUGGAACCUGUUCAUCGACCAAAGCGACCUAAAUUAGAUUCAGCAGUAUCCGACAACAUUGAGAGCCGAACUGGCCCCAAUACCUCACUUAAAAAUCCUUCCAAUAUGAAUGAUGUUCCUACAGGUUAUUUCUUCCCACAACCUUGGUUCUCUGAAAUCGGAUCACCUAAACCAAGAUUAUUUUGUGAUAUUUUACAAAGUUUAUGUGCUCAACUUUCUAAUUGUGGCGGAACCACACUGGCAUUAUUCGCUCGACAACAUCAAACUUUAUUUGGUCAACAAGCAAUUCGUCAACUAUUAUAUCAUUUACGAGACAUAGGAGCCAUUCGUAUGGUUCGUGUAAUUGCAAAUUCACAACCGUGUUUGUUUUCUGAUCGUGUAACAUACACUAUCUCAGACGAUGUACUUUUGGCGUCACCUGAAGAAUUAACACUAAUUCCUGAACCUAAUUACAUAACAAUUAUUGGAACAUUCACAGACAUGUAUCUACGGCAGAAUAACAUCAACAUCAGCAGCAGUGACAGUAGAAACAACAGUGCUUGUGACAAUAAGUUGCAGUAA